AUGGCUGCCAGUACGGCGGCCAGGAUGAGUGUAGGGCUGUCUUUAAUAUUUUCCCGAGAAUAUCUAAAAUAUAAUCUCUGUAAUUUACCCAGGUUAAAUACAUGCACGCAUGCAAACCUGGGGUCGCCGAGGAGAGGCAUUUUUGACCCUUUUCGAAAUCUCAACAGAAGCGUGCAAACAUCAAACUGUGUGUAUUUCAGCGAGGGCGUGGAUACUAAUGCAGAAGACUCUAAUGAUACUUGCUGUGUUAAUGUGGUGUUCAUCGACCGAGCGGGGAAGAGAAUCCCAGUCAAGGCCAAGGUGGGAGACAACAUACUCUUCCUGGCACGCAAGCAUGGAAUUGACUUGGAAGGAGCUUGUGAAGCAUCUCUGGCCUGCUCUACAUGCCACGUCUAUGUGAAAGACGACUACUACGACAUGCUCCCACAGCCGGAGGAGAGGGAGGAUGACAUGCUGGACAUGGCUCCAGUGCUGCAGGUGAACUCAAGGUUGGGUUGCCAGAUCAUCCUCACCCCUGAGCUGGAUGGCAUUGAACUGACUUUGCCCAGGGUCACACGCAACUUCUAUGUGGAUGGCCAUGUGCCCACUCCCCACUGAACACUGGUUGGUGGAGAGCAGGAGAGGAGGGCUGGACUGAUACUUGAGUGAGGUUUCUGGAGUUGUCUGGAGGUCGUGGAGAAGCGAUGAGGUAAUCCUUGUACACCGCUUAUGAUGCACAGAGAAUCAGCACCCGCUGUAAACAUACAAGUUGAGUGGCUUGGGUCCGCCAUUGAAUACCUGCAGUCACCCUGGUUAAGGUGUACCUUGCCAGUGCCUGCCCUCACACAGCUCUGAUCUGGAUGAUAGUCAUCCGUAGUCCCUUUUAUUUAGCUCUGUGCCCAAUGUGCAUUCAACCAGGAAAACAACAAAAAUAGCAGUACCUAUGGGUAAUCAUUCUAACCAAUGAUUACCCAUAGGUACUGCUAUUUUUGUUGUCUUAUCCAUCUAAAUGAAAUGAGCAUCACAAGUGAACUGUGCUAAAGGGAGUGUGGCACCAAUGUGCUUGUUGAAUGCAGAGCAGCACUAAACAAACCGCUCACACCAGUAAAGACAGCAGGCAGGACUGCUCCAGUGUGGUGUGACUGUGGAUUGUUCAUAACCAUGGUGGAGAUCUUUGUCACUGAGAUCCAUUCUGGACCUUCAACCAUAUUGGGACCAAGACUCUUUCGCGUUUCGUUCCUAGUAAAGGAACAUAAAAGUAUCACAGGUGUCUGGCCGAGUAGGAAGCAUGAACCCCAGAUAGACCUUGGACUGCUGCAGGGUUCUUCAGAACCCGUGUUUGUGCUGGUUCUUGUGCUUUCUCCUUAAUGUGGGAUGCUCAGUCUGGCCUGGCCAUGCUCGUGCUGCAGUCUCCGUAGCAGAUGUGGGACAAUGUCCGCAAGCGCACGCUCUCCUCCGAAGCAUGAGCCUCUUUCCACAACCCCGAUAUGAACCACAGGAAACACUCAUGUUUAUCUUUAGCCAGCAGACCACUGGUGCCUGAUCAGAUAGUGGGGGGUUACUUGAGAGCAGUAAGACCCGGAUCCAAGCUGACGGGACUCUCCCCAAGCCUUGGCAUUGCUAGUGGCAAUUCUCACGUGGCAGGUCUACCAGCGUGGUCUUGGGGUCUGGAUUUAAACCUGGACCAUGUGCACCCACCAUGCGCAAGAACAGUACCACAGCAAGAUGAGCCCCUGCAUGUUUGUUUUCUGUUACAGCUUAUCUGUUCGUUUUGUCAGCGGGACGAUGAAUAAAGUUCUGCUGACAAAGGUAUUCUGAUGGCCUCAAAAACGAUUCGUAAUUGUUCCGUAUUCUGACAUGUUAUGGUGCUUCAUUAUUGAAGGGGAUAGAUUUAUAUUUCCGUUCUUAGAAAAUGUUUUUGAUUUGUCCUGACAAUUUUUGUGUGUAGUGAAGGAUAUUCUAGAUAUUUUUUAAAGAAAUCUCUGGCAACCCACCUUCUUUAUAAUGGCUGGUAUUCAGGAUUUUGUGGUCUAAAACCAGAAAAUGCCCUGCAGGUUACAAAGCAGCUUGUACAGUGAACCUCUGCCUCCAGGGGGUGCGUGUGUGUUGUUUGGAACUGUUCCUACAGUGUAUACAACCUGUGCCUAAGACAUUGUGGCACAGUGUUAAUAUCAGUAUAGGUAAAUGGGAGUGAGGAGUUUGCACGGCUUGAGGACUGAGAAGGAAAGAUGUAAUUACCCUAUAUGUAAGCAGAUAUCGUUAUAAUUAUGAAUAAACCUUAUAACAUGUAUUUCAUAUAUAAUGUCUCUGGAAAUCUGUAGACACUGCUUCUGAGUUUCUUGCAGUGUGUGUUCUUGCUUUAGAUCACAAACCUACAAGUGAGCCUUUACCAGCCACUGUAAAGCCAGCUAAUUCUUAGAAACGUCUUUACAAAAGAUCCUCAAUUGCACAUGAGUAGUGUCAGAGCCGUUUGGAAAUGUACACUAAAACUUGAAAUGAUAUCAGAAAUCCCAGAAAGUGAAUUUAAAGUUCCUUUUACUGGCAUUGGCCACCUUCAUGUUUGGGAUGAUCACAAGACCAUGUGUAAAUGACAGCUGAAUAUCAAUGGUCUAUCAGUUCAAGGGAACACCUUAACUUCAACUUGAUUGAUUUUAAAUUUCAAAGUGGACACCCAGAUGCAUAACUACUAGCUGGAGUGUGGAUAGUAAAAGGUCAAGGAAUGCUGCUGGUUCUCUUUUAAUGUAAAGGAUUAUGGCAAUAAUUUAGUAAUUUAAGAUUUUAGUAUCGUCAACAUAUCCUAUGAAAAGGCCAAAGUCGAUGAUUCUGUCCUACUCCCAAUGAAUGCACCCGUCUGUGUGAAAAGCAUUUGCAUUUCAGGUAGACUGACGGGAAGGAGGGAAUGCAAUGCUGGGGAUUUGAAUGAUGUUGUGUGAAGUACAGUAAUGCGCAUCUUGUUACACAAACAUCCAAACCCCACUCGUUACUCCCGCUGUCUGUAUACUGCUUGCAAGUGCUGGGUUCCCUUAACUUGCCUAUUCAUUACCACUUUGAAUGCAUGCAAAUGUGUGACACCAAUGUACUGAAUAUAGUAGCCAUCUAAAUUUGCUUUGUUUUUAAGAGAAAUAUCUUUGUGCUGUAUUUAAUGACUUCAACUCAAAUUAAUGACUUCUCGAAUGAUCGCUAAAUGGGGACGGAAAAAUGUUUACUGAGAGUUGGGCAGACCAAUGUUUUGGUUUUGGUAGGAUAUAUGGACGAUACUGGGAAAAUAGAAAAUGACUUUAUCCUUUAAGAACUGAUAUGUACCCGAUACCAUUAAUGUCACUUCCUGUCCCUGUAUACUGAAAUGAAUCAAGGUGAAGCAAGAGGGUAGACAAAGGUCCUAAGAGAUUCAGUCUUGUUUCAAAGCAUUGCUUUAGGAUUUGGAAAGUAUCUCAGUAUUUUCUUCUGUGUUGUGAAUGAGUCGGUACAUUUUAGGGACAGAGUAGCUGGGUAUUGAAAAAAACUGGUCUCACGGGAAUAAGGCUUCUUACUUCUGCAAACAUUCUUUGAUAUAUUUACCAAUGGCUCAGCCUUUUUUUAAUGUGCUGUAAAUGUAAACAACCACGCACAAUUUUUUUGGUUUAUGUAUUGUCAAAUAAAGAUUUUCAUUGUACUGCACAUUAUAUUAAACGGUUACAUGACA